CUAUAAUUUCUCUGAAAGAAAAGCCCUUUUCAUUUUCUCUCCCAAGUUUUCUGUUUGUUUGAUAUUAACUGUUCUUGCAUUAUUCUUGAUCAUACCCUAACCUUUAAGUUUCCUGUAUUUUAUUUAUUUUAAAGAAUUAUAGUUUCAGAGAUUCACAUCAGGGUUUGUCAUAUACCUAAUUUGUUCUCUCUUUUUUUUUUUCACCUUUCUGCUUUAAGACACAGAAAACCAGAAUUACUCCUUGUUUGGCUGAAACAACUUUGGAUAGCUCUGGUUUGAUGUAAACUUUAUCUUGGUUUUCUAGGAAAACAGUUUUAAGAAUCAACAUAUGCAAACCUAGAUAUUGAUGUCGGACACAUUACCUGUUUCGGUUUGUGUUCAAGAUAGUUGUGCUACCUUUAAUUGUGUGAUGGAGGAAAAGAAAAGAAGAAAAACUUUGAAGAAAAAUGUUCAUACAAGGAAGACAUUUUUUGAGGCUUGAUGUUUUCACAUUUAUAAGUUUUGGUGUAUUCAGGGUGUGCUUAGAUCACUUGAAAUAACAAGUUGAUAACUUAUGAUGCAGUGACUCAAUGGAAGCCCAAGAGGAUGGUGUUGACGUUCAGGACAAGCUUUCUGGCUUUAUUUUCAUGUGUAAUGGAAUUACAAAACCAGAGUGCUACCAAUACCGAGUUUUUGGACUUCCUGCUAGGAGAAAGGCUGAUGUAGAGAAGAUCAAUCCUGGUACAUAUCUUUUUCUGUUUGACACUGAUGUGAAGCUUCUCUACGGUAUUUAUAUGGCAACCUCAACCGGGAAACUAGAAAUAGAGCCAUUAGCUUUUGGGCACAAAUUCCCUGCUCAGGUGAAAUUCAAAAUUUACAAAGACUGUUUACCCUUGCCAGAGAGUAGCUUUAAACUUGUCAUUCGAGAUAAUUACCAGAAAGGUUCCAACAAAUUUAAUCCCGAACUCAAUAUUAGACAAGUAAGAAGUCUAAUAGAAUUGUUUCGCCCACUACAUGAAUUGCCAACUUCACCUACACUUCCUUUUUUGAAGAAACCAAUGAAUAAUGUUUAUCAUCAUAUAUCAGGGCCACCACCACUUUCCAGAAUGCUACCCAAUCAAGCUCCAAUGUUGUUGAACUAUCCUGUUCAUAAUAUUAUGCCUUAUUCACAUGCAACACAAUCUGUGCCAUCCCAAGCUUCAAGGAAUCAGUUUUACUCUCCUGCUAGUACACUUACACCGGAGGGUACUUAUGCAAUUGGGAUCUGCAGCAGUCAUAAUCAGACUAUCCUCAGGGGCUGUGAUCAUACUCAGACAUUGCAAUACUCUCACCACGCAUAUCAUAACAUCAUACAUACACAACCUGAAUUUCAUUCUUCAUUGAUGCCUGUGGGUAGCAGUCUUACUCAACCUCUGCAAAACUCUCCAUAUCCAUAUCAGAGUAUCUUAAACCCUCAAUCACUGCAAGAUCCUCAACAUCCAUAUCAGAGUAUCCCAAACCCUCAAUUGCUGCAAGAUCCUCAAUAUCAAUAUCAGAGUAUCUUAAACUCUCAAUUGCUGCAAGAUCCUCAAUAUCCAUAUGAGAGUAUAACAAAAUCGUCGCAUGAUUUUCAUCCCACAGUCACAAAUGCAGGCAGCAGCUGUCCCCAGUUGUCAUGGCUUCCUCACGAUACCCACCAGAAUAUCUCAAACUUACAACAAAACACUUAUUCCGCCACGCUAAACGUGGGCAACAGUUAUGAUCAAUCAAUGCCAGAUUAUCAAUAUACACAUCAAAAAAAUGCCCAAAUUCCUCAACAGAUUAAUCAUCCAUACUUUCCUCAAGAAUUUCCAUCUCCUACAUAUUCAUCUCAAGGGGCUGGAGCCAUGCAAGGGGUGAUAUCAAGUGGUCAACAAACUGGAAUGGGAAGCGAGUAGCACGAGCUAUCUAUGCAGACACAGGAAUACCUCUACUCUAGAGAAUGUUGCCGAACCACCUGUACUCAAAAUAUUCAAUUUCUAAGUGCUUAAUCACAUUUCUACUUAAAUAUUCCAUUAUGCUGCAUUUUUUGUAUGUAAAGCCGCGUAUAUAAUUUUAAAACACUGACGCUUACUUGUU